UAGAGCAUCGGUGGCGGCUGGCUGGGGCUGCGGCGCGCGUGGAGGGUUCGCUGCUGGUUCGGCGCUGGGUCGGGCUCCGCUGGCCGGGGCGGGAGGACCAGCACCUGAGGCCGGGCCGGUAGCCGGCGACUUCACAGCCAGGCGGCGGCGCUGCUGCUGCGGGGCUCCGGCGCGCAGCCCGGCGGGACAGCUGGGCGGCUGGCGCCGGGGGCUGGGGAGCGCCAGAUGAUGGAUUUGGACAUGCUUCUAUGAAGAAAUGCCACAUGGUCCGAGAGCAAACAUGUCCAGUAAGUCGUUUGGUGAAUUAACCCAAGGACAGGAGCCCAGGUCCUUCAGGCACAGGGUGUGGACACCCUUUGAGAAGACAAGGCUGUCUCUGGAAAUAUGAAGACCUCUGCGAGAGUGUUUUAAACCAGGCUUAUUGCUCAGUCUAAUUAUCUUAACUUCUAAAGGGCUACUGCCACUUUAACGGACUAGGGCUCAGUGCCAGCACUUCCCAGGUAAUCAGGCGUGGUCUGACCCAGGAUCAAGAAGCACAUCAUCACCAAUGACAUCAUGACAGCAAGAGAACACAGCCCUCGCCAUGGUGCCAGGGCCCGUGCAAUGCAGCGGGCUUCCACCAUCGACGUGGCAGCCGACAUGCUGGGCCUCUCUCUGGCAGGAAAUAUACAAGACCCAGAUGAGCCCAUUUUAGAAUUUAGCUUAGCUUGCAGUGAGCUGCAUACUCCAUCACUAGAUCGAAAGCCAAAUAGUUUUGUUGCGGUGAGUGUCACCACCCCUCCUCAGGCAUUCUGGACGAAGCACGCACAGACAGAGAUCAUUGAGGGAACCAACAAUCCUAUAUUUCUAAGCAGUAUUGCCUUCUUUCAAGACUCUCUAAUCAAUCAGAUGACACAAGUCAAACUCUCCGUGUAUGAUGUCAAAGAUAGAUCUCAGGGAACAAUGUAUUUACUGGGCUCUGGAACGUUCAUUGUUAAAGAUCUGCUCCAGGACAGGCAUCAUAGGUUGCAUUUAACACUAAGGUCUGCAGAGAGUGACCGUGUGGGUAACAUCACCGUGAUUGGCUGGCAGAUGGAGGAGAAGUCAGACCAACGUCCCCCUGUGACCCGGUCUGUGGACACUGUCAAUGGGAGGAUGGUUCUUCCCGUCGAUGAGAGCUUGACGGAGGCAUUAGGAAUCCGAUCCAAAUACGCUUCAUUGCGAAAGGACACUUUGCUGAAAUCUGUGUUCGGCGGUGCCAUCUGCCGCAUGUACCGGUUUCCAACCACUGAUGGUAACCACUUGCGGAUCCUGGAGCAGAUGGCAGAGAGCGUGCUCUCCCUGCACGUGCCCCGGCAGUUCGUGAAGCUCCUACUAGAGGAAGAUGCAGCCAGAGUGUGUGAGCUGGAGGAGCUGGGAGAGCUGUCCCCUUGCUGGGAGAGCCUCCGGCGCCAAAUUGUCACCCAGUACCAGACCAUCAUCCUCACAUACCAGGAGAACCUGACCGACCUCCAUCAGUACAAAGGGCCCUCGUUUAAAGCAAGCAGUUUGAAAGCAGAUAAAAAGUUAGAGUUUGUUCCCACAAACUUGCACAUACAAAGGAUGAGAGUUCAAGAUGAUGGAGGAUCAGAUCAGAACUACGACAUCGUCACCAUCGGGGCGCCAGCAGCACACUGCCAAGGUUUUAAGUCAGGAGGUCUCCGCAAAAAGCUGCACAAAUUUGAAGAGACCAAGAAACAUACAUCAUCUGGCUGCCAGUCCAUAAUCUACAUACCACAGGACGUCGUCAGAGCCAAGGAGAUCAUCGCCCAGAUCAACACCCUGAAAACCCAAGUGAGUUACUACGCAGAGCGGCUGUCAAGGGCAGCCAAGGACAGGUCUGCCACUGGCCUUGAGAGGACACUCGCCAUCUUGGCAGACAAGACACGGCAACUGGUCACGGUCUGCGACUGCAAGCUCCUGGCCAACUCCAUCCAUGGGCUGAACGCUGCACGGCCUGACUACAUUGCCUCCAAGGCCUCUCCCACUUCGACUGAGGAGGAGCAGGUGAUGCUUAGAAAUGACCAAGACACCCUCAUGGCCCGGUGGACAGGGAGAAACAGCCGAUCUUCCCUGCAGGUGGACUGGCACGAGGAGGAGUGGGAGAAAGUGUGGCUGAACGUGGACAAGAGCCUAGAGUGCAUCAUUCAGCGUGUGGACAAGCUGCUGCAGAAGGAGCGGCUGCAUGGCGAGGGCUGUGAGGAUGUCUUCCCCUGUGCAGGCAGCUGCACCAGCAAGAAAGGUAACCCGGACAGCCACGCCUACUGGAUCAGACCAGAAGACCCCUUCUGUGAUGUCCCCUCCUCACCAUGCCCCUCCACCGUGCCCUCCGCUGCAUGCCAUCCUCAUCUGACCACACAUUGCAGUCCCCCUCCUGAAGAGUCCAGCCCAGGUGAAUGGAGUGAGGCCCUUUACCCGCUGCUGACCACUCUCACCGACUGCGUGGCCAUGAUGAGUGACAAGGCCAAGAAGGCCAUGGUAUUCCUGCUCAUGCAGGACAGCGCACCCACCAUAGCCACCUACCUGAGCCUGCAGUACCGCCGUGACGUGGUCUUCUGCCAGACGCUGACCGCCCUCAUCUGUGGCUUCAUCAUUAAGCUGAGGAACUGCCUGCAUGACGACGGCUUCCUGCGCCAGCUCUACACCAUCGGGCUGCUGGCCCAGUUCGAGAGCCUGCUGAGCACCUACGGGGAGGAGCUGGCAAUGCUGGAGGACAUGAGCCUUGGGAUCAUGGACUUGAGGAACGUGACCUUCAAAGUCACUCAGGCCACUUCCAGCGCAUCCGCAGACAUGCUGCCCGUCAUCACAGGAAAUCGCGACGGGUUUAAUGUGCGGGUCCCUCUGCCGGGCCCGCUGUUUGACGCCCUGCCCCGGGAGAUCCAGAGUGGCAUGCUGCUGCGAGUGCAGCCCGUCCUCUUCAACGUGGGCAUCAAUGAGCAGCAGACACUGGCCGAGAGGUUUGGCGAUACGUCUUUACAAGAAGUCAUCAACGUGGAGAGUUUGGUGCGGUUAAAUUCCUACUUUGAGCAGUUUAAGGAAGUUUUGCCUGAGGAUUGCCUGCCUCGGUCUCGCAGUCAGACGUGCCUGCCAGAGCUGCUGCGGUUUCUGGGUCAGAACGUGCAUGCCCGGAAGAAUAAGAACGUCGACAUUCUCUGGCAAGCUGCUGAGAUCUGCCGUCGCCUUAAUGGGGUCCGGUUCACCAGCUGCAAGAGCGCUAAGGACCGUACAGCCAUGUCGGUGACACUGGAGCAGUGCCUGAUCCUGCAGCACGAGCAUGGCAUGGCCCCGCAGGUCUUCACCCAGGCCCUGGAGUGCAUGCGCAGCAUUGGAACACGGGAGGUAGUCACCCAGAAGAACUUGAGCGGCCUGGUGCCCAUCCGAGACUUAAGGCUAGACCCCAGCCUCCUCUGUUCCAUCCCUUUAUUAGCUCUGAGCCCCAAUUUACUGAUUGUGUGGCUCUUUCUGAGCAUAGCAUACCUGGUGACCAAAUUGCGUUGCAAAUGAAUACCAUUAUGAAAAAUUAAUAAGUCACAAGAAAAACAAAAGUGCCAGAACAUGUCCAGCCACCGUGUACCUAACUGGACAGAAGGAAUGUGUCAAAGCGUGGUCUGCCAAGAAAUAUUUCAUGCCUUACAUUUUGACGUUUUGUUCUUCUGAACUGUAAAUAUCUGCCAAAUUAUUUCACCAAGAAGACUUGUUUGUUUAGCUCCUGUAGCAUCUUCAGUGCUUGUAACAUGUUCUUACGGUGCCCUGUCACUGCAUCGUUUAGCUGGCCUGGAAUUCCUUGUACCACGUCUCUACCUUCUGAUGUACAACUAUCUGUCACCUGUACCUCUCAUGUGCCCUGUUUCCAAGAGAAACGAGUUCUGUUUAAAGAGAAUUUGUAUAUUUGAUACUAUUCUUUAAGUGUACUGCUAACCCUUCCUUUCCUUUCGACGACAAACGAAAAGAAAAAAACAUGCUUUAUAACUGGCUUAUCUAGAAAAACCUAUCUAAUAGGACAUGUACUUUCUGCUUUCAUUUCAAAGCGUAGUCCCUGAAUUACAGUAGCAAACAGUUUGCAGAAUCCUACCAUUUCCUUGUUUAUGUUUAUUAUUUCCAAUUAAGGAUGACACAAAGCUGUGAAUACAGUAGUACACUGUAGCAAGAGCCAGACACAGUCAGACACAGAAAGAUCACCUACUGCAUACGCCAGACACAGAAAGAUCACCUAUUGCAUAUGCCAGACACAGAAAGAUCACCUACUGCACACGCCAGACACAGAAAGAUCACCUACUGCACACGCCAGACACAGAAAGAUCACCUACUGCACACGCCAGACACAGAAAGAUCACCUACUGCACACGCCAGACGCAGAAAGAUCACCUACUGCACACGCCAGACGCAGAAAGAUCACCUACUGCAUACGCCAGACGCAGAAAGAUCACCUAGUGCAUACGCCAGAUGCAGAAAGAUCACCUACUGCACACGCCAGACACAGAUCACUUACUGCACACGCCAGACACAGAUCACUUACUGCAUACGCCAGACACAGAUCACUUACUGCAUACGCCAGACACAGAAAGAUCACCUACUGCAUACGCCAGACACAAAAGAUCACCUACUGCAUACGCCAGACACAGAAAGAUCACCUAGUGCAUGUGACUUUAGAUUUACUCUUCACUAUGUAAGGAUCAUUCAGCUGGUUCAAGGAAUUAAUGCAUAUAGUCACCAAAGGCUGUUAAAGUUAUAUAGUUUUAUUUAUUUUAAAACAGUAUUUUUCAUUUAAAAAAUGGUAUCUUUAACUGCAGAUUAAAGUUCCAACAUCUUUUCUCUCUUACUAAUCAAAUAUGAUUGAUAAUGAAAAAAAAUCAAAGAAAAAAUGCCAAAAAAAAAAUGAUCCCUGACUUGUGGGCAGUUGCGGUGGAUGGAGCUGUGAGAGCAGCAGGGCGCUCUGGUUUCUGCUGGUGCCCCCUCAGUCCUCACGUGGCAUUCCCUGCAACGCGAUGAAGUGUAACCUUAACACCCAUGUGGGGCAGAGGGUAACUGUCCACCUGUAAAGGUAACCAAAUAGAUCAGGAAAAACUCCCCACACCCUGUGCAGGACAGUCAGCAGCUUCUCUGUUUUCCAGUUCGUAUUAUGUUGUGCCCCCACUUUCUAUCUCCAGCUGGUUCCCCGUACACUGUAGUUUAUGAAGAUGAUUUUUUUUAACCAGGCCAGAAAAAUGGGAAUGAAUUUAGAGAAGCUUGCUUUUCCAGAAACUUGACACCCAUGCAUGCCCAGAAACCCAGUCGACCACAAAAGGUGGCGAUCUCUCUUCAUUCUCUCUCCAGGACUCCCAGACCUUACCCCGGGCUUUCUCUCAUUCAGUAUCAGCUCAGAGUCUGGGUCCUAGGAAUCACAGAAGCGGUUAGCAAUGAAUGGCAAAUGCUAGACUCGACACUUUACAUUCUGAAGUGUAAGACCAUCAUGAGCACUGCAGGCUCCCUGGGGCAGGCUUACCUUUGUGUCACCCCUGUAAGUGAAUCCACGCUUCUCCAAGUGCAGUGUGUUCACUUGUCUCUUCUAAAAUAAAUGAGGUGGCUGUUGUGGCAUAGCUCCUGGCGGCCUUCAGUAGGGAGUCUGAAGUCACCAAACGCCAGCAGAUGGGUGGUGGUAGCUGUGGCAGUAUGACGAUAGUCCCUGGGCAGUGUCCUGUCCAGCCUGUGAUUAUUUGAAAGGCAUGUUUGCCACUUUCCCUCUUUGACAUUGAGGCGUGCACUUCAACUAAGACCAUCUUGUUUGCUUUAUUUGAAAGCGAGAGAGCAGAGUCCACAGCCUCAUUCAGUUCCCAUUACACAGCUUCCUGGUCCUGCUCCUGGUAACGUGGUUCCAAUGCCUGUAGUGGUGACUCAUGCGCACUCCCACCUCCACAGCAGUGCUAGUGGCUGGGCAGAGCCCAUGCACAGAGGAAGGCCCUCUGACUGCAGACAGCACCCCUCCCUCUCCCAGGGCUCCAGGAUGCUUCUGUGGCACCCUCCAGGGACGCCUCCCAGGACCCUGCCCCAUAGCACAGAGAAGCUGUGGCCAGGCCAAGGAGCCCCUCCCAGGGGGCCUCAAGGACACCACGGCCUGAUCCUUGAUUGUCACCACAUCUUUCUGCCCAUGUGGGCUUGGCCCAUGGGCUGAGAGAAAUGAGACCAAAGGGAGCGAGAUGAGGCUCUUUGUUUCUCUCCUCCAGGGUCUGGGUGAAAAUCAGUAUGCCGCCUGUGCACUUGGAGAGCUACCAAAAGGACACAAUGAGAUUAGCCUAGGUGGUGGGUUGGUUUUGGCUUUUUAAACUUAAAGUAUUUAAGAAAAGAAACUCAAUUGCUCUCCCUUUAUGCUGAAUUUUAAUGUCACUAAGGCCUUUUACUCAUGAAAUCAGGCCAAAUACAUAUUCAAAAUCUUACUUGCUUUAGUGAGAAAUAGGCAGGAUGAAACAAAGAUGGGGAGAUGAUUCAAGAAAGGGGUCAUUGACAUUUAGUGAUGGUUUUUAGUUGCUUACACAGUAGUAAUGCUGAGGCAUUGUUGAUGUCAACCAGCUCUAGGUGUUCAGAUUAAAUCAGCUUUCUGAAGUUAGGGAAACCAUAAUCAGGAGUGGUUCUCUUUGGAUGGUCUUAUAAAAUUGUUGUAUAAGUUUUUUCAACUAGUGUGACAGUCACCAUUUACGCCUAUGGCUUGAUUCCAGCAGAGAUUUUAACACAAUGACCUGUUUUCCCUCCACAAAGUGACAGGAGUAGCAGCCACCCCAUGCUCAGCCAUAGAAUCACUAAGAUACUGAUGCCUGCAGAUGAGUUAUCAAGUGGAAGACCCCACUGGAACCGGAAAACUAGAGGAUUCCCUAAAAUUAUCUGUCACUUGGGGUUUCCAUUUUAAUUUUCAUUUCAAAAAUGGUUGCCCUUGAAAAGAAAUAAUUUAUUGAUAUAAUAAAAGUAAUCAGGGAGCUUUGAAAUAAUUAAGUCCCUCUUGCUAAAAUCUAAGACCACCUCAACAUGUACCAUUGAUUCCUAAAAAGUAUGCAGCCAGUGUGAUCAGUGGAGGUGUCCUGCCUUAGGGCAGCAGCUUGGCCUCUGCGGCAGGAAACCCCAGUUAGCACAGGCUGUCCUCGCCACCUCUCAUGCCUCGCCCCGGGCCCUCCUGCCAGGCUCAUCCGCACAGGCAGGUGGUGGGAUGACAGUGUCGGCAUGUGGAUCAGCCACAUCAGCCAGAUAUUGCAAAUUCAAACAUCUGGGGGAAAGUAAAUACAAUUUGAUUUGAAAACUACGUUGAAAUGAAAGUGUAAUCUUUAUUAUAAUUUCACAUCUGAUGUUUUCAGCCAGCUAAACUAGGCGUUAACUCCUUUAACAUGUAAAUAAAAGAUAAUGUCAAAGUUCACAAAUUAUUCUGCCUCACUCCUCAUGGCAGUUUAGCAUUUACUAGUGACAGGUGGUUUUUAAGCAGUUUGUACAUUUCUAUAUAAAUGGAGAAGCCAUAUCUGAAGUAGUUCAUUAAUGUAAGAGUUUCCAAAGAUUAAAGGAGAUUAACUGUAUAUAGGAACCUAUAGCUUCUGCUUUAAGUGGAAGUACGUUUUUGAUUACUGAAUGAAUGUUAGGCAAACAUGAUUGUUACUUACUCCAGGGGGACUCCUGUGGCCUAGGUGUUCAGCUCAGAUGACACACAUCUAGCUGAGGCCUUGAAGCUCUGUGACAAAGCAUAUCCAAGUUACCAAAUUAGUUAUAACAACCAGGUGGAUACUUUUCUAAACUAUCAGAGCUUAGCUUUUGAAUAAAAAUUACUGUCUUACCAAAAGUAUUUUACAUGUUCUUGAUGAUGAGACUGUCAUUUUCACUUUAAAAGGCUUGAGCAAUUGCCACUGAUGUUUUUUUUUUAAAUGCAUGACAUAAUGGUCUUCAUACAAUUUGAAUUUUUAAAAAAAAUCACUGUUUCUUGGUAACUGCAAAUUUUACAUCUCAUGAGGGGAAUUUUGUACUAAAUUUGAUAACUAGUUGAUUUCAUUGCUAGUCUUAGAACAGUAUAAAACCAUCAAGUUAUACUGUGCUGUGGGAAGUCAUUUAUGUUUAAAAUUGCUUUUGCCAGUUAGUUUUAUGUCUACACCUGAACAUUUCCCAGAGAACUCCCCGGAUGCGCUCACUGAGCAGGUGAGGCCCCCUGGCUGCUCAUCCUCCCAUGCAGUGUUUGUUUUUGCCCUCUGGAUUGCUAUGGUAACCCUCCAUCAGAUGCAGCUGGGGAUGACGCUGGUAGUGAGUUCUCUAGGGAAGGGUACCUGUGGGCUCUCACUGGCUCAUUGGCAGCUGUGCAAGAGGGAACACAUGGGGGCAGCCCACCUGUGGAAGGGUGGCUGGCUGCUACCAGAACUUGGUGAGAUCCCUCCCUCGUAACAUUCCAGCCCUGACUGCCAGGCUGCUCUGCAGACAGUGCAUGAACCCAUUGGAUUACCUGGCACCCAGAAUAACUGUCCUCCAGGAGACAGCAGACCAGAACAGCCUUCCUAGCCAACUGGCUUUGCUACAUGUUGAAUUCUGCAAGGAAAGUCAGCAUUUUGAAUUUGAUGUGAUUACAGCUCUUGCUAAUAACAGAAAAGUCCAGCUCUUUAAAGCUCUGAAGUGCAACUUUAGUAAGAGUAGUAAUAUUUCUUUUUCCACUUCAUUUGCUAUGUGAGGGAAUCUUUGAACCACAAGUUAUGAUAGAACCCCAAAAGACAUGAGCUACAUGAAACCACUCACUUGGAAAGUUUGCUUCCACUUAGAUACAGUGCUGCUUUUAGGAAUGCACAACUCACAGCCCCACGCAGCAUGUGUCCAUCUCUGUGCUUCUUAAUUGCCUUGUUCAGAAACCUGCCAUCUUACGUAUGUAUUUGUUGUAAAUGAGUCCGGCACCCAUUUAAAUUAAUCUUUUUUUAAUGUUAUGAAAAUGAUCAGUUCAUUUCAUCUUAGUUUAAGUCUUUUCUUUUUUCCUUUUUUACUGCUGUCAUUUCUUGUGCUUGUUUUU